AUUAGACAAAUCACGUGCGAGCGUCCCCUUAUAAAGACGUAGCAAGAGCUAGGGUUUUAUAAAGUCUCCGGAGUCGCUGCUUCUCCCUUCACCACUCAGUAGCGGCAGCCUGAAAAUCCUGUUCUUUCGUCUUCUUUCUUCAGGAAGUUUUUUCUCAGCGAGGACAAAGAUCUAACCAACCAUGAGUAAGCUGUCGAGUGAUGGGCUGAGGGAAGCCAUUUCUCAGAUUAAGACGAACUCUGAGACAAAGAAGAGGAAGUUCACUGAGACAGUGGAGCUUCAGAUUGGUCUGAAGAACUAUGACCCCCAAAAGGACAAGCGUUUCAGCGGUUCUGUCAGGCUUCCACACAUUCCUCGUCCUAAGAUGAGGGUUUGCAUGCUUGGAGAUGCCCAGCAUGUGGAAGAGGCAGAGAAGAUGGGUUUGGAUUAUAUGGAUGUGGAGAGCUUGAAAAAGCUGAACAAGAACAAGAAACUUGUGAAGAAGCUUGCCAAGAAAUACCAUGCCUUUUUAGCUUCUGAAGCUGUCAUUAAGCAGAUUCCUCGUCUUCUUGGCCCUGGUCUUAACAAGGCCGGUAAGUUUCCAACCUUGGUGAGUCACCAGGAAUCUCUGGAGGCAAAACUUAACGAGACCAAAGCUAUGGUGAAGUUCCAACUUAAGAAGGUUCUUUGCAUGGGUGUUGCUGUCGGGAAUCUCGCUAUGGAGGAGAAGCAGAUUUUCCAGAAUGUACAACUCAGUGUCAAUUUCUUGGUUUCAUUGUUGAAGAAGAACUGGCAGAAUGUGAGGUCCUUGAACUUGAAGAGUACGAUGGGGAAAGCUAUCCGUAUCUACUAAGUUAAUCUUUAUCAGAAACUUUCCAAGUGAAGGAAGCGUCAGCGGAACUUUUUUUUAAAGACAUUUAUGCAUACCUUUCGGUGUUCUAUUUUGUUUUCGAUGACUUUGAUUUCGUUGUUAAACCAUAAUUUAGUACUCGAUGUUGCUCUGGAUGAAUGCUUUUGGAAAAUUUUGAAGGAAAGCCUUUUCUUUCUCGAUUAUGAAUGAAUACAGGGAGUGUGUGAUCUCA